UGAUACCAACCAGGGCCGAGGGAUUUCCCCAUUGGUCCCCUGACGCUGAUCUUGUCGCGGACGGGCGCAGGGGACGGGCGUUGACGUGCGGGUGGACCUGAAAACCUCACCAUGAGCAAGGCUUCUGCACCUCCUGACUUUCAGCCUCCAACUGAUGGGCCACCCAGCUAUAACCAAGCUAUGACUGAAGGUGCUGCCUACCAGCCAACACCAGGUCCUGCCGACUACAAGGCUCCACCGAUGCCCCAGGUCGCGUCUCCGUACGGUCCGCCAGGCGGCGCUGGACCCUCGCCGUACGGCCAGGGACCCGGUGUGCCGUACGGCCAGGGGCCCGGUGUACCGUACGGCCAGGGGCCCGGUGGACCGUACGGCCAGGGGCCCGGUGGACCGUACGGCCAGGGACCCGGCGUGCCGCACGGCCCUGCCCAGCAGCAGCAGUACGGACAGUACGGCGCUCCGCCAGGUGUGCCCCUGCAAGCGGCGCCGCCGGCACAGACGCACCUGGUCACGGUGGCCGGUCCCAACCCGGCCCACAUGAUGUGCCCGCAC